UGUAUUGUCAAUUUUGUUAGAUCAGCUUCUAGAAAAAUUUGAUUCAUUCAUUAAACGGAUGUCAGAAUAAGAUCUUAAUUUGAAGAAGUAUCGAUAUAUAUAAUCUUGUAAUUAUUGUGUUUCAUAUAUGUUUCAUAUUGUGACUGUACAUUUAUGAAAUAUGAAAAAUUCAAGAGUGCUAUCAUAUAAAAUGUAAAUUUUUAUGUUUUUAUCGUAUCAUGGAAACUUCAGAGCUAACAGAAGAAAGUCCUAUAAGAAGUUCAUUUACAGUUGAUGAUUUAGAUAUUGAGAUACUACCGCUUAUUUAUGAUAUAUUAAGAAGUGUAGAGAAAGAUCCUCAUGAUACAACUCAAAAAGCAAAAGAAUCACAAGAUACUAGUCAUAAAAUAUUAGAAUUACAAAAAAAAUUGGAUUCUGCAAGAGCUCAGAUUAAACGAUUACCAGGAAUAGAAUAUAGUAAAGAAGAACAGUUACAAAAACUAGAAACACUUCGUAAACAGCUUCGGCUCAAACGUGAACUUUUAUUGAAAUAUCGUAAUAUGUGUACAUUUGAAGUACCCAAAAUAUAAAUAUUUACAUUUU